CCGCUAUCUUCUGCUUCCGACGACAUUCGCCUGCUUCAGCUCCUACCAGGGGACCAUGACGAGCCCAUCGUCUGCAAUCUAUUCCAUGUCGAAUCAGUAGAUCUCUACGACUACGAAGCGCUAUCCUAUGUCUGGGGAUCAGUCGACAGCCCGAGGAUCAUCUACGUCAAUGGCUGGGAAAUGGCCAUCACGGAGAAUCUCGACACGGCACUCCGGGCUCUGCGGCACGAGCAAGAAUGCCGUCUUUUGUGGCUCGACGCCAUCUGCAUCGAUCAAAGUCUCAUCCCAGAGAAGACCAGGCAAGUCGGCAAGAUGGGAGACAUAUACAAGGCAGCAGCGAGAGUGCUAGUCUUCCUAGGUCCUCAAACCGAGGCCAGCGAUACAGUUAUCGACUUCUUUGAGGACGGCUACUCCAAGCUACCUGAUCUUGGGCACAACACAAAAGCCUUCGUUGACGUUCUCUUCCGGCCCUGGUUUUCAAGAGUCUGGGUAAGGCAAGAGUAUAUCCGCGCCAAA